UUGCAUUUAUAUUUUGGUUCAGUAUAUUAAGUAUUUCCUUAAAGAAAAAGUUUUUCGCUGCCUCUUGGGCCCCCCACGGGCCUUAGCCCAGGGGCUUCAGCCCUGGUAAGCCCCUGCAUUAAACUGGCCCAGAGUACAUAGAGAGACCAUAGAGCAGAGAUUCCUAAUAGGAAGUCUGCGGACCAAAUUCGGCACUUUUUAUUUUAUUAAACAAUGGUACAUUUAAGCCACUCUACCUUGGAAACAGGUGCAUUUCAUUGCAGUAUUGAUACACUAGUAUUUAAACAUAACUGUGGUCAAGCAAAAUUGCAGAAUGGUUUUGGCCACAGUUGAAUUUACUCCCCUUACAGAGUUAGCGUGGGAUGCUUCCAGCUGUCUGGGGACAUAGGCCUAUACUCAGGCAGGAACCAUGUGUCAAGUGCACCUGUUUUUUGUGUGUUUUAUUCUAGGAUAAAAAUAUACACAAAAACAAAGAUACAUGAAACCACCUUAUUUUACACUCUCAAUCCGUGUGAGAUUUUUUUUCUCAGGCUACCUCGAUAAAAAAAUCCAGCCAUCAUUAUAUUCAAUGGUUUUAUUCCAAGUAGAAUACUUUUUCAAGCAGAAAAUUCGUUUUCGUUUUCCAUGUACAUCCAGUCUACACUCUUCAGUGACAAUUCUUGCUCCCGUGCAGGGCAGCGUAUAGUAAAUGCGCUACAAAAAAACGACUAGAUAUAACGUUGCGCGCUGUAGGUUAAUUUAGUUUUCCAUAAUACCAUAGACGCAACCUUCUCCAUUGCACACUGAAUUCAACGCGCUCGCGUCGCUCACUAAAAAGUAGGGUAGCACAUAAAGCCGAACCUAUGCUCCCGUAAACCGCCCGGUCACCUUUGAGGACAGGAUAAAUCACGUCAUCCUGCACGACAGCAGACACUGACAAAUAUAGUUUUAAAUCUGUUGGAAGAAAUUCCUUUCAUUCAGAAGUCAGCUUUCAUUUUCAAGACGACAUUCGUAUUCGUUUUUCUGCGUCUCUUUUAACAAAUGCUCCAAUCUUUAGGGGAUAUCUAUGGAAAUCACAUUGAUGAAUAGUUUCAUAACGAAGGCAAGUGUAAUGGUUUUAUUAUAAGAUUAGCUAUGGGAGCUAAUAUCCUGGAAUCUAAUAUAAGCACCAACUUCACUCCUGGCGGCGACACGUGGACAGUCCACGAAACUGGAGCGGCUCACCCGGGCUAUAUGAUGGUGAUUCUGGCCGUGCUUAUGAUUAUUCUGGUAGUCGUGGUUGUGGCUGGCAACGCACUUGUUAUCCUGGCUUUCAUUGUUGACAAGAGCCUACGAAAUCAAAGCAACUACUUCUUCCUCAACCUUGCCAUUUCAGAUUUUCUUGUUGGUGCAUUCUGUAUCCCUGUAUACAUCCCCUACAACCUGACAGGCCGCUGGGUGCUGGGCAGAGGUCUCUGUAAGCUGUGGCUCCUCAUGGACUACUUGCUCUGCACUGCCUCUGUCUUCAACAUAGUCCUCAUCAGCUAUGACCGGUUCCUCUCCGUCACCAGAGCAGUGAAAUAUAGAGCUCAGCGGAGCAUGACCCACCAUGCUGUGGUGAAGAUGGUGGCUGUGUGGGUGUUGGCCUUCCUUCUCUAUGGCCCUGCCAUUAUCUUCUGGGAGCUGGUUGUGGGUAAAAGCAUCGUUCCUGCCGACGAGUGUUUCGCUGAGUUCUACUGCACCUGGUACUUCCUACUCAGUGCGUCUACGUUUGAGUUCUUCACCCCCUUUAUCUCUGUGACCUUCUUCAACCUGUGCAUCUACCUGAACAUCCAGAGGAGGAACAAGAGCAGGGCUAUCCGUAAGGAGGACACCAAGGCACACAGGGACAGGGGCAGUCUCAGGGACGGGGGUGCUACCUUGUCUGUGUUUUUUGUCAAGACUCGCAAGGUAUCAUCGAGCGAGCCAACUGCUGUUUCAGAGGUGAUAGAGGAGGACGAGGAGCUGUCGCCAUCCUCCAGUGGGGAGCCCAGCAGCGGACACACCUUCAUUCAGAGAAAGAAGGGCCCUUCCUGCAGGAAAACUUCCAGGCUCCUCCAAUUCCAGGCCCCCACCGGGCCCUCCAGCAGGAGCUCAGAGGGCUCCCGCCUCUCCCGCGACAAGAAGAUUGCCAAGUCGCUGGCCAUUAUAGUGUGCAUUUUCGGGAUCUGCUGGGCACCAUACACCCUACUGAUGAUAAUACGAGCGGCCUGUAGUGGGCGAUGUGUGGAGCACUACUGGUACGAGGUGACUUUUUGGCUCUUGUGGCUGAACUCUGGUAUUAACCCUUUCCUUUACCCUCUCUGCCACAGCAGCUUCCGAAGGGCUUUUGCUAAGAUACUGUGCCCCAAGCGUCAGUGUGUCCAACCUCACAUUGAGACCCAGUCUUGCUAGUGAUGCAACGUAUGGCUGGCUGGGAGUCACUGGAGUGAGAAGACUACUGCAAAUGGAUAUGGAUUUUGUUUCUCAGACAUUGUGGAAUGAUGUGUACAUAGCUCAGCCAUGAAUAGGAGUGUGAAACCAUUUUUUUUAGAUACUCACUUUGGUCUUUGUUAUUCAAAUAUGAUAGAAAAAAUGUUAUAACUGAUAUCCCUAUGUUUUUUGUUUCAGACACAUUAAAUCCUUCUAUGUGCCAAGUUUGAAACUUGCACUUAGAGGGUAAAACCAAGUGUUUGUAUUUACAUUUCAGAAGUGAAUCUACAUAUACUGUAAUAUUGAAAUACUACUUGUUGUAGAUAUAUUUGUUGUGUUGUUGCUAAUACAUUCUGGUGUGAAUAGCAUAGGUGGCGAUGCUCCUAGGACUGGGAGGAAAUCUCAAAUCUUAUCAGUGCUUCGUGUCUCUGCCAGUUAUAGAUCUGAAUGGUACUGGUAUACUUGUAAAUGUGCUAUGUAGAAAAAUAUUUUCAGUGUUAUUUUCAGUGAAAUGUGAAAGAAUAGUUCAGUGUAAUACCAAAUGAAGUGUUCCUUGGUGUGUGUGAUUUCCAUGUGUUUACCCCUACUUCUACAACACUUUGUUGCGAACACAGAGGUAAUAUACAGAUGUAGGAUCUUAAUUUGAGCCAGUUUGCUAGAGCAGGAAAAUAAUCCUGCAGCAACAGGAAAUGUGAAUUAUGAUGUAAAUUAUAAUUAAUGGACAUUUUGGUAGGGGUUCCUACAUUUUUCAUAAGGGUAAAUCAAGUCUUCAAGUU